AUGAAGUUGGAUUCGAGACAAUUGCGUUACCUCACGUCCGAGGACUGGCGAGUCUUGACGGCGGUUGAAAUGGGCAGCAAGAACCACGAACUCGUGCCCACCGUCCUGAUUGCCCAAAUCGCCGGUCUCAGAGGAGGAAGCGGCGUCCACAAGAGUAUCGCAACUCUCGCCAAGUCCGGUCUCGUCGCAAAGAUCAAGAACGCCAAAUACGACGGUUACCGCCUGACCUACGGAGGCCUCGACUACCUCUCUCUCAACACCCUCCGCAAAUCAGACACUGUCUUCAGUCUUGGAAACCAAAUCGGUGUUGGCAAAGAAUCAGAUAUCUACGUCGUCGCAGACCCCACCGGCAAACAACUCGUCCUCAAGCUCCACAGACUCGGUCGUAUUUCUUUCCGUACCGUAAAAGCCAACCGCGAUUACCUGCGCAACCGCACAACUGGAUCAUGGAUGUACCUCAGUCGCCUAGCAGCCAUGAAGGAAUACGCCUUUAUGCAAGUCCUCAAGCGCGAAGGCUUCCCCGUCCCUGAACCCAUCGCCCAAACCAGACACACUCUCGUCAUGGAAUUGAUCGACUCCUUCCCUCUCCGCUCCAUCGACAACGUCUCCGACCCUUUAAAGCUCUACGGCGAACUCAUGGAACUGAUCGUGCGUCUUGCCAAAGUCGGCUUGAUCCACGGUGAUUUCAACGAGUUCAAUUUGCUCAUCAAGGAGGACCCUGUUACCAAGAAGUCUACACCCAUCCUUAUCGAUUUCCCUCAGAUGCUUUCUACAACACACGAGAAUGCGCAGUGGUACUUUGACCGCGAUGUCAACUGCAUAAAGCUUUUCUUCUCCCGUCGCUUCAACUUCACAUCAGAUGAGCCUGGACCAUUCUUCGCAGACGCAAUCAAGGACACGGAUCAGAGCAAGCGUUUGGAUAUUGAGGUGGAAGCUACUGGUUUCAGCAGGAAGAUGGCAAAGGACCUGGACAGAUUCGUCGAGGCUGUAGGCUUCACGAAUGAAGCCGAAGAAGAGGCUACCGGCGCACAAGAAGCAGUCGAUGGUCAAGAAGAUGAGGAAGACGACGAGGACUACUCGGAAGAUGACGAAGAAGCAACCACCUCUCAAACCGCCCAAGAAGACCAAACCGAACAAGAGCUCGCCGAACAAACACACACAGACACCCUCGAAGACCCUCAAGUCGACGAUCCCAAACUAGCAGAAGAGCUGGGAAGCCUAGGACUACAAGACCCUGCCCCUCCGCUCACGGCGCAAAAUCUGGCCAAACAUCUCGAGCCUUUGAAUUUGCAAGAUCAGCAAGAGGAAUACAACGCCACUGUAGAGCAGCAAAAGAAAAAGAAGAAGGCUGCUGGUUGGUCCAUCUAA